AGGCAUUAGUUUAUGGUCACACACAUUCGCGAUACACCAAAUUGCUGGUAAAUACUGCCAAAUACAAGAAGUAAACAAAAAUAUUAAAAAGUCUAUAAACUAAACACUUGGCAUGGGCGUCACCGUGCUUCAGCCAUAUCCACUGCCCGAGGGCAAGAGCGGAGCACACAUUAUCGACCAUCUGGCGAAGCGGCUUUUAUCGUUGGGCGCCACACAUGCCGGUCAAUUUCUCGUGGACUGCGAAACAUUCAUAUCGACGCCACAACACGGGACACCAGCCCGUGCCGUACACGUACUGCACAACUCCGAAUACCCGGCCUCGACAUUCUCGAUCAUCGAUAAUGGCAAUGGGAAACAAGUGGCACUUGUUGCGGACAGCAUUUUCGAUCUGUUGAUGCUGAAAAUGACAUCGACCUUCACAUCGAAGAAGCAAACAAAAAUCGAAUCGCGUGGCGCACGAUUUGAGUACGGUGAUUUUGUGAUCAAACUCGGCUCCGUCACCAUGAUGGAGCACUUCAAGGGCAUACUCAUCGAGAUCGAAUAUCGGCCGUGUGUGACGCUCUCGUAUUGCUGGGAAAUGAUACGGGAAAUGCUGCAAGGUUUCCUCGGCAUCAAUGUGGCCAAAGAGUAUCCCACGUAUUUCACCACACAAACCAUCAUGAAUGCGAUGGGACAGCAGCAGUUGCAUGCCAAACAGAACGACAUCUAUGAGCCCAUGGAUACGGUCAAACAGUAUCUGGAGCAUUUCACCAACUAUCGCAAACAUGUCCAGAUCCAUGGCGCCAUGGGCAGCGGCGCCUCGUCGGUGGGCACCGUCGGGGGCGGUGGUCCCGGCGGUGUUUUGUUGCCCUCAUCGGUGGGCAUGGGCGGGCGGUCAUGAUGUGAACUAAAGCUGGAGCCCCCGGAAGAUUCGGCUGCCGCUUAAUGCUUUAAAUUUUCAGAGAUUCGCGAUUUUUCAUAUUUUAUUUUAUACGUAUUUUAACACAAUAUUGUUGUAUAUAAUAGAUAUAUAUAUCAUUUAUAUGUAUAUAUAUUUAUUAUGAUAGUAUUUCAAAAAUCUUCGUGUAUACAUAUAUAUGUAAGUUGCUCGAAAUUAUCGGCAAAUCAUAUUUUAUAGUGCACAUCCUUCAUCAUCCCUUUUCUUUUCGCUCUUUCGUAAUAAGCUAAAACACUUUUUAUUUUACAGAAAAAAAAGAAACACAAAUUGUUUAAGGAUAAAAGAAACAAAAAAUGAAGAAAAACUUCAAAGAUAAGCAUAAUGUCAU